AUCUAGUCAAAUAUAACGUGACAUCCACUUGACCUGUCAACAGUACAUCUACACCGUAACUACACACUUUACAUAAGCUGGAUGACGAAUUGCAGCAUGGUUAGCUCAAGACUUCAGUAUGGUCGUUGGGCCACCCUAACUUUCCUAUUUACGAUAUGUACCUUGAUCAUUGGGACAUUAGGUAAACCGUGUCGUCAUAUCACGUGUCCUCCAGGUGAACAGAUUAAGGAAUGUGACAGGGACGGGGAGUCAUACGAAUGUGAACCCUGUGAAGAUUACAAGGUUCAGCCCCUUAACGUGUCCUCAAAAGAUGAUGUAAUAUUUCAUCGUUGUUUCGGCGUCCCUGGCGAUGACUCUGUGUGUGGAAUAGGUCUGAUCAACAGUCGUUGGAGGGUUGAUGGUUGUGACAAGCCAUGUGAGUGUGACGUAGCCAACUGCUAUGCUGGGAAGACGGCUUGUGUCUGUAAGAAGUAUGAACCGUGUGGCGUAGACGAGCAGAUGAACAUUGAGACUGGGGCAUGUGAACCUUGUCCUCCAGAUAAAGAGAAGAAGGAUCCAGGCUGUUACCCCUGUCAGUAUAAGUACACCAGUAAGAGUACAGAUACUCCGGGCGUGGCUCUUCCAGAACAGUUGUCCGAAUCACCUAUAUUAGGGAUAGUCACGACAAGUGAGAGUACGCCUAACCAGAACACAACACUGGAGACUCCACAGCCAACCAAAGGUCCUAUAUCGGGUGAUGCCGGAAGUCACAUUUCAGAUGAUGAUAACCAGGAUGAUGCUGUCAUGAAGAAACAGCCUAUUGGGCUCGGAGAUAACAUCUGUAUCGACAAGACCAUUGGUUUUUCCGUUUUGGGAUUCCUGAUGUGUCUAGUGUUUUUAGUUGAGCCCCUGGUACUGUUUGUGAUAUAUAGAUAUUGCCGACGCCCUAAGACAUCUCAUUUCAACAGCUGCCCUGAAGAGAAGAAACCCGAUGUUUUAAUAAUCCAGGAACAGUCACUGCUGUUAAAUAUAAAGAACAAUAACACAAAUGCUGUACGUGAAUCAGAAACAACAACCAACAGUCCAGAAAACAAUGGAAACCAACGAAACGUACAGGAAGACCAGGUUGAAAAACCGGGGAACAAAAUUACAAUCGGAGAGGAACCUACAGAAAGUGGCUACUGGACCCGAUUUGGCGACACCACCAUGUCAUCUCCAACUUCACAGUUAAUCAAAAAGACUACCACCUAUUCUAGUCCACCUCAAAAUAGCAUGUCCUAUUUAACAUCCGGGCCAGCUUUACCGACCGAACAUGACGAAGAGUCAACUCAGGUUAAAUACAUUUCCGAAUAAACUAGAUUUAGUAACCUAAAGAUGAAGUAAUUGUAAUUUUCAAAAGUUUGUCCUAAAUGGCAGUUUUGUUGUCACUAUUGUAAAACCAGAUUAUGUUUAAUUUGAUCAUACAUGUAUAAGUACAGGUACAGGGAAUAUUGAAGUACCUGUCUAAUUUACAUGACCGUACAGGUACAGGGGACGUGAAAGUGCCAUGCUUUUACGAUGACGUUCAGACUGUAAAGAAAACAAGUGAAGUGAAAUUAGUAUUUCAUAUCCAUUUGUGAAUGGUUGAGUUAUUAAGGUCUCGAAAUCACAGGCUAUAUGUUUCUAAAAAACGUAAAAACGGUUUUGGAAAAUAAGCGCAAGAGUUUAUAUGUAUGAAUAUUUAAUUCUGGGUGAUAGUAAACAACAAUAUAUGUAACAUAAUUCUGGGAAAUAAAAACAAUAUUUUACAAAACAUUUACGAAACAUUUUAUGAUGUACAUUGUGUAUAAUGACUGGUUCUGUGAAAUAAGCGAAAUAUUUUAUUGUGUAUAAUGGUUCUCUGAAAUAAGCUAAAUAUUCUAUGGUGUAUGAAGGCUCUGUGAAAUAAGCAUACUGUUUUAUAUUAUAUAAUGCUUCUGGCAAAUAAGCAUAAGAUUAUGAAGUGUUUGAAGUUUGCAUAAAAUAAGCAUAAAAAUUGUAUCAUGUAUGAAAGUUUUGCAUAAUAGUGCAUAGUGUAUAAGGGUUAUGUAAAGCAAACACAAUUUAGUAGUAUAUAAAACAGCUCUGAAAUAAGCACGCUGUUUUAGAGUGUAAAAUGGUUCUGGGAAAUAAGCACCAGGUUUUAAAAUGUCUGGUGGUUCUGGAAAAUAAGCAUAAUAAUUUAUAGCACAUUAUGGUUCUUUGAACUAGGCAUAAGAUUCUAUAGGGUAUUAUUGUUCUGGAAAACAUAGUAUCAUAAGAUUUUAUAUACUAUAGUAGUUCUUAACGUUUGUAUGGUAUUCUUCCAAAUAUAUAGCGGUUUAUAUAAUUAUUUAGAUCUCAAAGUAACUGAUUAAAUGCUUAUGAAGUAAGCACCAGAGCUGAAUACCGUAAAGUAUGUCUGUAGGGUAUAAUUGAAGUUCAAAAUAUAUAACGGUAUUUGGUAUCAAGGUUUUGGUAAAUUAUUUCUGAAAUGAGUACCAGAUUUGGUAGUUGACGUGUUUAUUGUAUCGUCACAUCAUGUAUCUCAAUAGACUUUCGUAUGUUGAGUUUUUGUGCUUUGUUUCGGUGACUACAGUCUGUCAGGCAAACAGAUAAAACAUACGACACAUCUGUCUGAUGGAGAUGAGAGUCAGCAGUCAUUUACAUUAAGACUUAUCAACCCGAAUAUACUGUAUACCAUUUCUCUAUCUAAAUAUACGGUAUAUCAGUUCUCUAUCUUAAUAUACUGUAUACCAUUUCUCUAUAUAAAUAUACGGUAUACCAGUUCUCUAUAUAAAUAUACUGUAUACCAUUUCUCUAC